AAGAAAACGCAGAAAACACGAGUCUUGAAAUAGUUACAAUAGAAAUGCAUACUGGUGGUGAACCAUUACGAAUUAUUUUAUCUGGCUAUCCAGAAAUAAAAGGCAAGUCAAUUUUGGAGAAACGUCGUUAUGUUAAAGAGAACUUGGAUUACAUACGAAAGUUCUUGAUGAGAGAACCACGUGGACACCCAGAAAUGUACGGAGCGUUAUUGGUGACACCAGAUGACGAGAGGGCUGAUCUCGCUGUUUUAUUUAUGCAUAAUGGCGGAUAUAGUGUUAUAUGUGGUCAUGCAGUUAUGGCUUUAGCAAGAUAUGCAGUGGACUAUGUAAAAGCAAAGGUCGAUCUUACUAAUGGUGUAUCAAGCAACAUGAAAUUCACAAGUGUUCCAGCAUUUGCUUAUGAUGUUAACUAUAAAUUGAUAACAAAAUCCUACGGGAAGUUACACUUGAUAUUGGCUAUGGUGGUACAUUUUAUGCUAUCAUACCUGACACAGAGCUAAAUUUAGAUAUGAAAAAAUCCAGUCUUAGUGAACUUGCAACAGCUGCAGAGGAAAUCUUGCAAAUUUGUCGUCAAGAUAUAAAAAUUCAACAUCCUUUGGAGAAUGAUCUUGCAUUUAUGUAUGGUGUUAUCAUUACUGAUGGUAAAGAUAAUUAUUUGCAGUUUAAGGAUGAGGCGACAUGAAAUUUAUGUUACUUUGGCGAUGGACAGGUUGAUCGUUCACCUACUGGCUCAGGAGUUACCGCUCGUAUAGCUGUCCAAUAUUACAAAUGUCAAAUCUCCCUCAAUGAGAUGCGUCAGUUUGAGAGCAUUGUUGGCUCAGUGUUUACUGGAAGCCCAAUAGAAAAAUCCAAGUGUGGGGAAAGUCCAGCUGUCAAAGUUGAAGUUGGAGGGUUAGCUAAUUAUUGUGGAAAAGCCACUUUUAUCUUAGAGAAAAAUGAUCUAUUCCAAGAAGGGUUUCUUCUUCAAUAAUACAUAUAUCAUUUGUUAAACAUGAAAAUUUAAUGUAGGUUUUAUAAUGAACUUAACAUCAUAUUAAUGCCUUGAGAAAUCUCUUUGACUAAAUCCA